CAAACAACAAAUCAGAAUUUUAAAUAAACAUUUAAAAUUAAAUUGUAAAACAUUAAACAUAAACAGAAAAACAUUAAAAAUACGAAAACAUUGAAAACAAAACCAAACAGAAAAACUAUAAAACACAAAACAAAAGCAAUAAUAUAUUAUAGGCGACAUUGAUGAAGAUUUUGAACAAUUAGCAGCUCAAUCAGCUUCAUUAUUUAAUACUUCUAAUAAAAGUGAUGAUGAUAAUGAGAAUAAAAUUGAAAAAUUAAUUUCAAAACUUGUAAAAGAAUAUAGAGAAAGACUUUUGAGGAUUUACAGAGGACGAAAAAGUUUAGAUUUGGGAGAAAUGCUUGUUGCACUACCUCCCGAUUUAACUUGCAACAUUUGUAGCGGUAACGAAAAAAGUUUGAGUAGUUCAAACAGUGUCUCCUCCCAAGAAAACAAUCCAAACAAUCCACCAAGACGAAAAUCGGUUGGAGGGGAUGUUAGAGGAGGGAAUAAAGAAGAAAACAAAACUUCGACUUAUCAGAGCGGAUUUUUGUUUAAUAUAAAGGACCCGAUUUGGAGGCCGUUGAGUGAAAUGGAUGUUUUGAAUCCGGAUUGGUCUAAUACUAAUAAAAAUAAUAAUCUUGCCGAUUAA